GUGAGCGACGCGGAGGAGCGGAUGAAGAAGAGCCUCUCCUCGGUGCAGGAGCAGCUCGCCACGCUGCGGGUCGGCCGCGCGACGCCCGACAUGCUGGACCGCGUGCUCGUCGACUACUACGACACGCCGACGCCGCUCAAGCAGCUGGCUUCGGUGACGUGUCCGACGGCGACGCAGCUGGUGGUGGACGUGUACGACAAGUCCGCGCUCGGCGACGUCGAGAAGGGGCUGAUGGCGUCCGACAUCGGGAUGACGCCCUCCAACGACGGCUCCGUCAUCCGGCUGAAUGUGCCGCAGCUGACGAAGGACCGGCGAGUCGAGCUGGCCAAGACAGCGAAGGGCAUCGGAGAGGGCGGCAAGACCGCGCUGCGCAACGUCCGGCGCGACGCGAUCGACAAGAUCAAGAAGGCCGUCAAGGCGGCGGGCCUGUCUGAGGACGCUUCCAAGGACAAGGAGGGCGCCGUCGACAAGAAGCUCAAAAAGUACGAGGGCAGCCUCGACGAGGCGGUCAGCGCGCGCGAGAAGGAGAUCACCACGCUGUGA